GUUAACAACGUUAUCAGAGUCAGGAUAAAAAACCUUUUCUUUCACGUCUGCUGCUGCUAGGGAAAAUGCAGUGAAAAAUACUGACAUUUAGGGUUUUUUGUCACAUGUUUUGUGGUAAAAAUGUUAAAUGAAAUGCACUGAAAUUUUCGUCCACCACUGGAAUCGCUGUGGGAACACCUCGUACGAGUUUGAAUCGCUUGUGUACGCUCCUUGACGAAUCUAAACAAAUUCACCCCGAAACAAAAGUAUCUGCUCGAUUUCACAAGCGUUUGGUCCCCGAAUCCGACACAGAGACGAAUCAUACCCGGAGAAGAAGAGUAAGCAUGUCUGCUAGGCCGGAGAAGCAGGCGCCACCUGAUAUUUUCUACAAUGAGACGGAGGCUCGCAAGUAUACCACAUCCUCUCGUAUUAUUGAAAUACAGGCAAAGUUGACAGAGAGAGCUCUGGAGCUUCUUGCUCUACCGGAUGAUGGAAUACCUAAAGUUCUACUUGAUAUUGGGUGUGGGUCAGGACUCAGUGGGGAAACUAUAUCAGAGAAUGGACAUCACUGGAUUGGAUUUGAUAUUUCUCCAUCCAUGCUUGAUGUUGCGUUGGAGCGUGAAGUUGAGGAUGAUCUAUUACUGUCUGACAUUGGACAGGGUUUGUGCUUGCGGCCUGGAACUGUGGAUGGUGCCAUUAGUAUAUCAGCUGUUCAGUGGCUUUGCAAUGCUGACAAGUCAUGCAAUGAACCAAGAAUGAGAUUGAAGGCUUUCUUUGGAUCGCUUUAUAAAUGCUUGUCAAGAGGUGCACGAGCUGUAUUGCAGUUUUAUCCUGAAAAUCCAGCUCAGCUUGAAAUGAUAACCUCUGCUGCAAUGCGUUGUGGUUUUUCAGGUGGUUUGGUUGUGGACUAUCCUCACAGUACUCGAGCCAAGAAGUAUUUUCUGUGUCUGAUUUGUGGGCCACCCAGUGUCAAUACAACACUUCCAAAAGCUAAAGGUGAAGAGGGGGGAAGUGAGACUGAUGAUAAUAGUGACGAUGAAGAAAAUAGUACUGUAGGCUUUUCGGAGAGGUGCAGACCAAGGAAAAAGCUGAAGGUUUCAAAGAAAGGCAAGGCUCGUGAGUGGGUUCUGAAGAAGAAAGAGCAUAGGAGAAUAAAAGGCUAUUCGGUUCCCCAGGAUACAAAGUAUACGGCCAGGAAGAGGAAAGCCAGAUUCUGAUUGCAUUUUUUGUAGACAAAUAUUUAUAUGCGGAGUGUGUUUCCCUACAGGCAAUUGUAACCGUGAGCGGCUAUUUUUGUUGGGUUUUGAUAGACAGACGAGUUUAUAUAUUGAAUUAUUUAUGCAUGUGUCCAUUUGAAGUUACAGGUAUUGAUUAGUUCAUUUUAUAUUUAUCCAUAAUGAUGAUUUUUUUUUGGCCGAAUGGCAUGAUAGCAUUAAGUUAAUCGCUAUCUUUCAAACACAGGGUAACGACCCAAUUUCUGUAAUAUAUUAAUUAUUUUUUAUGGUAGAAGAGAAAAAUAAAUGCUUUGAUGUACUUUGAAAAAGAAUUUGAUACAAUUGCAAUAAACUAUAAUUGCAAGGA